GGAUACAAGCACAAGCUAACCAGCGAUCUUAUAGCUGCAGUAGUAAUAGUUGUAGCCCUUAGCCUUGUUCUUCAACAUUUUCUUUAGAGAAAUCUAACCAUGAGUUCAUCAUGGACGACAAGGCAGAAUAAGGUGUUUGAGGAGGCUCUGGCAACGUAUGAUAAAGACACGCCUGACCGCUGGCAGAAAGUGGCACAGGCAGUGGGCGGGGGAAAGACUGUCGAUGAUGUGAAGAAGCAAUACAAGGAGCUGACUAAAGACGUGAGGGAAAUGGACACCGCAGGCCUCCAGAAUUUUCAGUAUGGCGGCAGCAGCAGCAACACAUCCAAGGGUGGCAGCAGCAGCAACAGGGAGCAGAGAGGCUGAAGUACCCCAAACCCCCAGUGAUAAUAAUGCAAGUAUGCACUUUCCAGCUUGCAACAAGCUACCCUGUAUGCACUAUGAUAUGAUGAUUAUUGCAUUGUGAAGGUGGUCCUCUUGCCCCAGCUAAACUAAAGCUUGCUCCUACUCAUCUGAAGUCAGAGAUGCAAUCGAGUUGCGCUUCAGAAUUGUACCUUUCGUAUUUUGUAUCCAUGUUUACGUGCGUGCCUGCAUGUGUUUGUUUACGAGUGUGUCCUACCAUGAGCACUGUCCAUCUAGCUCUAUGUAGCAGCUGCGGCAGUGGUACUGCCGGGAGAUAUCGGAUUGGACGUGUGCUUGUUUGGUGUGGGUGUGUCCCGUGUAACCUUAUCUGUCCCCGUUUCGCCAGAUUGUGUUAUUGAAGUUCAAGUCUAUGGACCACUCAUUACCAGCAGGUGCUGCC